GCAUUAGAAGUGCAAUACGGCUCUCCCAAUGUGCUCCUGAUCGGUGCAGUCGCGCUCUUUAUCAGUUUGUCCACAAUCGCAUUGUUGCUUGUGGCCUGCUUCUGGUGGGUCGGAGGUUUUGAUCGCCCUGUAGAACACUCCGCGGAGACGGAAAACGAGGAGGACGGGGUAAACACGGGUGACAAUGAGAGCGGUGAUACACAUCCGGUCGGACGAACAGGCUUCACCAGACGUGCAGACCAGUUACCUCACGAGGCCGGAGACGAUGGCGGGGCACAUCGUUCGCGCAAACCAAAACAUGACUAA